AUGAUAAAAAAAAGUCUUGUUCAUGUCGUUGAACAAUAUAUGGUGAAUGAUGUAAAUAACGUAUCUCUUGGAGCCGCAACCGAAAUUAGUAAACAGAUUGUGGAUGAAUAUCCUAAUUCCUUUAAGGUUAAAAUUGGUGGUCAACAUUUAAAAGGUACUGCUAAAAGUCUGGCAUAUAAAAUUUACCAUAGGCUCCACUAUAAUAAAAAAGAAAAAGCCGAACGUACACUUUCACUAUCUUACGACGUUGAUGAUCUAGAUGAACCCUCUGCCGCACCAAAAGCACAAGACGAAUACGGGUGCGUAGCCUAUUUAUAA